AUGCUCCCUGCGCUGAGACGAGCAUCGCUAACCAUGGCAACCGCUUGGAGGCUUCUGACGUGGACUCUCAUCUUCACCACAGCUGCGUGCGACUCUCCCGGUUACAAAUUCCACUCACAAGAGGAGUUCCUCUCCAGCCUCGAUCACUAUGAAAUCGCUUUCCCCAUCCAAGUGGACCAAAACGGGGACUUCCUCACCUUCGACAUGAGAAGCCAGCUGAAGCGGCGCUCCCGACGCAGCCUGGGCUCCCUGUCCUACGAGGCCGCUGAGCGGCGGGUCUUCUACAAGGUCUCCGCCCACCGCACCCAGUUCCUCCUCAACCUGACCCUGCACUCCAACCUGCUGGCCGAGCACUUCACGGUGGAGUACUGGAAGCGGGACGGGGUGGACUGGCAGCACGACUUCCACGAGGACUGCCACUACGCGGGCCACUUGCAAGAUCAGUACCUGAACUCCAAAGUCGCCAUCAGCAACUGCAACGGACUGCACGGGGUGAUCGUUGCCGAGGAGGAAGAGUAUUUCAUUGAGCCUCUCAGCCUGGGAGCCAACGUGAGCACAGGGAGUGAAGGCGAGGGAAGCCCCCAUGUUGUGUACAAGCGAUCGUCUCUGCAGCACUCGCACAUGGACGCGGCCUGCGGCGUUUUAGAUGAGAAGCCCUGGAAGGGGAGACCUUGGUGGCUGCGGACGCUCAAGCCCUCCCCUCUGAAACCAUCGAGCAAUAACAGUCAACGAGGCCAGCUGCCCCUGAAGAGAUCCGUCAGCACCGAGCGCUACGUGGAGACCCUCGUGGUGGCCGAUAAAAUGAUGGUGGGGUACCACGGGCGGCGGGACAUAGAGCAGUACAUCCUGGCCAUCAUGAAUAUUGUUGCCAAACUUUUCCAGGACUCAAGUCUGGGCAAUAUUGUCAAUAUCCUUGUGACCCGUCUGAUCCUUCUCACUGAGGACCAGCCCACCCUGGAGAUUAACCACCACGCUGGGAAAUCCCUGGACAGUUUCUGCAAGUGGCAGAAAUCCAUUGUGAACCGGAACGGCAAUGGGAACGCCAUCCCUGAGAACGGCAUAGCCAACCACGACACCGCUGUGCUGAUCACCAGAUACGAUAUAUGCAUCUACAAGAAUAAGCCAUGUGGCACCUUAGGGCUGGCCCCGGUGGGAGGAAUGUGUGAGCGAGAGAGAAGCUGCAGCAUCAACGAGGAUAUCGGACUGGCCACUGCCUUCACCAUUGCCCAUGAGAUCGGCCACACGUUCGGCAUGAACCAUGAUGGAGUUGGCAACGGCUGCGGCUCCCGCGGGCAGGAAACGGCCAAGCUCAUGGCGGCUCACAUCACCAUGAAGACCAACCCCUUCGUAUGGUCGACCUGCAGCCGAGAUUAUAUCACCAGCUUCCUGGACUCAGGCAUGGGACUGUGUUUGAACAACGCUCCUCCCAAGCAAGACUUCGUCUACCCAACGGUGGCUCCCGGACAGGCCUAUGACGCGGACGAGCAGUGCCGUUUCCAGUACGGAGUUAAAUCUCGCCAGUGUAAAUACGGGGAAGUCUGCAGUGAGUUAUGGUGUCUGAGCAAAAGCAACCGCUGCAUUACCAACAGCAUCCCGGCUGCUGAGGGGACCAUAUGCCAAACCAAUACCAUUGAAAAGGGGUGGUGCUACAAGAGGGAGUGCGUGCCCUUCGGUACGCGGCCAGAGGGAGUGGACGGCGCCUGGGGAGCCUGGUCCUCCUGGGGGGAGUGCAGCAGGACGUGCGGGGGAGGCGUAUCGUCAUCCAUCCGCCACUGCGACAGCCCGCGGCCGACCAUCGGAGGGAAGUACUGCCUGGGCGAGCGGAAACGCUAUCGGUCGUGUAACACCGAUGACUGCCCUCCGGGUUCCCACGACUUCCGAGAGCUGCAGUGCGCCGAGUUCGACAACAUCCCCUUCCGAGGGAAAUACUACACCUGGAAGACGUACCGAGGAGGGGGCGUGAAAUCCUGUUCUCUCAACUGCCUGGCCGAGGGCUUCAACUUCUACACGGAGCGGGCAGCGGCCGUGGUGGACGGGACGCCCUGCCGGCAGGACUCCAAUGACAUCUGUGUCAAUGGGGAGUGCAAGCACGUGGGUUGCGACCGCGUCCUCGGCUCGGACUUGAAGGAGGACAAGUGCCGCGUGUGUGGGGGAGACGGGAGUACCUGCGAGACCAUCGAAGGCAUUUUCAACCAGUCCCUUCCCGAGGGGGGUUACAAGGAGGUGAUCUGGAUCCCCAAGGGCUCGGUGCACAUUGAUAUCCGGGAGCUGAAUCUCUCUCUCAACUACCUGGCGCUGAAAGGGGAGAACGAUGAGUAUUUCAUCAACGGGAAGCUCUCCAUCGACCCGCCCAGGCGCUUUGACGUCGCCGGGACGACGUUCCACUACAGGAGAUCUCAGGACGACCCCGAAUCGCUGGAGGCCUUAGGACCUACCAAUGCCACUCUCAUUGUCAUGGUUCUCGUGCGGGCAGAGCUGCAGGGGAUUCAGUACAAGUUCAACGCGCCCAUCACCCGAGGCUCCUUGACCCAGUACUCCUGGCACUACACCCCAUGGACCAAAUGCUCAGCUAUCUGUGCCGGGGGCAGCCAAGUCCAGUCCAUCAUAUGCAAGAAACAGGCCGACAGCUCCACAGUCUUCAACCAUUUCUGUAGCCCUGAAACCAAAUUACCUGAGAAGCAGAGGCCAUGCAACACUGAGCCAUGUCCACCCACCUGGGUGAUCGGGAACUGGUCCGAAUGCAGCCGGAGCUGCAACGAGGGCGUCCGCACCCGCAGCGUCGUCUGCCGGAGGAAGGUCGCUGCCACCGAGGAGAAAAUCCUGGACGAUGGCUCCUGCGCCCAACCCCGGCCCAAGAUGCACGAGCCCUGCAAUAACCAAACGUGCCCCCCGGAAUGGGCCGCUCUGGACUGGUCAGAGUGCACCCCGAGUUGUGGGCCUGGUUUCCGCCACCGCCUCGUGCUUUGCAAAAGCGGCGACCACAGCACGACCCUGCCGACCUCGCAGUGCCCAGAGACCACCAAGCCCCCGAUCAACAUGAGAUGCAACCUGCGACGCUGCCCGCCCCCGCGGUGGGUGACUGGCGAAUGGGGAGAGUGCUCCGCGCAGUGCGGCCUCGGCCAGCAGAGGCGCUCCGUCCAGUGCUUGACCCACACUGGGCAGCCGUCCGGCGACUGCGGGGAGAACCUGAAGCCUGCGGGCAUGCAGCAGUGUGACGCUAGGUGCAAAUCAGGACCUACCGAGAGCCCCGAAGAAUGCAAGGAUGUGAACAAGGUCGCCUACUGCCCCCUGGUGUUGAAGUUCAAGUUCUGCAGCCGGACCUACUUCCGACAGAUGUGCUGUAAAACGUGCCAGGGGCAUUAA